AUGCCUGUUGGUCUUGGACAGGGUCUUGUUCGAUUGCUUCAAUUCAGCGGAGUACUUUCAGCUGAAAACCCCACUAAACAUCAGCUAUCACACUGGGAAAGUGUUGUAAAAGACUACUUCACUCCAAAGGCCAUAAUGAAAUUCACCCUAUGGAAAGAUAACCAGCGGAAUGAAGCAAAGCCUUUCGAGAUCGGCGUCCCUAUACUGCCUCGGUUUUUUCUUGUUACCACCCAAUCUGGCGUUAAGUCCAUGACACUCUCGCUAGACGGUGCUCGGGAACGGCUAUUGUCACAGCACCACGCGGUAGUGGAGUGUGUUGCGGCUGUUUGGACAUACCGAUACACCAACGGGUACACAGUCACACUUCGGGGCCCGCUCACAGUCCACGUUCUCAUCAUCCCUCACCCAAACACCGCCCCCUCCCAAACACCGCCAUACUCCCUCAAAUUCGACCACCUCCAAUUCGAUGCAAAUCAUCACGAAAAGUUCAUCGCCUUGGACUCGGUGAUGGGUCAUAGGCAAUCGGAGUCGCCGAAAACGCCACGGGUGAGGACAGCACCGACGCCAAGUCCGAACGGGACGGUAAUGCAUAGGAUGGAUGAUGAGAGGAUAUGGGAAGAACCUAGAGUUAUGAUCGACCAUGCGUCGAUACCGGGAGAACCUGUGAACGCAUUUGGGAUUCCGCAAGCGACGAUGCGAUGUUUGGAGGUGCGUAUUUUUUCAGCUCCGUGUUUCUCUUUUGCUGAACACAAGGCUCGGUAG